AUGGGUUUGAAAAAGGCAUUCCCUUUGAAACAUCUGCUACCCAAUUGCUUGAAGCCAAAGAAGCAGCUCACAGGGGCUGCUGAGUUUCAAACUUCAAACAAAAUCUCCCUUAGAAGAAUCUCAUCACUUUCUGAUAUGAGCGUUAGAUCAUCUCUCUCAGUCAUUACCCAUCUUUCAAGCUCUUCCAACGCUUCAAAUCUUCAAAGUUUCACCAUUAAAGAGCUUACAGAGCUCACUGGAAACUUCACCAAAAGCAACUAUUUGGGUGAAGGGGGAUUUGGGCCUGUGUUUAAAGGCUUCAUUGAUGAGCAUUUCAAGCCUGGUUUGAUGUCCCAGCAUGUGGCUGUCAAGGUUUUGGACUUGGAUGGCUCUCAAGGCCAUAGAGAGUGGCUGGCUGAAGUGUUCUUUCUUGGGCAAUUGAGACACCCAAAUGUUGUUAAUUUGAUUGGGUAUUGCGUUGAAGAUGAACAGAGGGUUCUUGUUUAUGAAUAUCUUGAAGGAGGCAACUUGGAGAAUUUGUUGUUUCAAGAUUGUUAUGUUUCGAAUUUGACUUGGUUACAAAGGAUGAAGAUUGCAUUAGGAUCGGCAAAAGGGCUUGCUUUUCUGCAUAAAGCGGAAAGGCCGAUCGUUUUUCGGGAUUUCAAGGCUUCAAAUAUCUUACUCGACUCGGACUAUAAUCCCAAGCUUUCGGAUUUCGGGUUAGCUAUAAACGAUCCCGAUGAAGACGAUACACAUAUAUCGACCCGAAUAAUGGGAACUGAAGGCUAUGCAGACCCAGUAUACAUCAUGACAGGUCAUUUAUCAACAAUGAGCGAUGUGUUCAGCUUUGGAGUAUUUCUAUUAGAGUUGCUAACGGGUCGACGAGUGGUCGACAAGAGUCGCCCGAGCCGAGAACGGAACUUGGUGGCUUGGGGAAGGCAUCUCUUGAAAGAUCACCACAAACUUGAGAAGAUAAUUGAUCCAAGGCUGGAGGGGCUAUACUCAAAUGAAGGGGCUAAAAAAGUGGCUGCAAUAGCUUAUAGUUGCCUUAGCCACCACCCAAAAUGCAGGCCCUCAAUGAGCUCAGUGGUUAAGGAUUUGGAGCCUGUUCUUGACAUGAAAGAGUUCUUAACUGAGCCAUUUGUGUAUGUUGCCCCAAGUUAA